AUGUCAAUUGUUGUGUGCUGCAUAACAUUAAUUGUGCUGGCUUUAAAGCCGAGGAUAAAAUUCGAAAGACGUGUGCCUAUUUUCUUCAGAAAUCAAAGUGAAGACCAAUUGUACGCUAGCGUAUCACCUAUAGUUGAUUAUGACGAACAAUAUGAUAUUUAUAAUGUUUCUCGAAUAGAAAAUUUAGUUGCUAAGCUUGAAACAUUAUAUGAUAGGCUGGAAGAUAUCUACAAUCCUUUACAUACUGUUCACGCUCAGUUAGAUGAACCUCAGUGA